AUGGAAACGUAUCAGAUUGAAAGUGUCAAUGAUCUCACAGGAACAAGAAUAACAAGCUCCAAACCUUUGUCUGUGUUUAGUGGAUCUGAUUGUGCUAAUGUUCCUCAAGAUAUAAACUACUGUGACCACCUGGUUGAACAAGUGCCUCCGACUGUGACAUGGGGCUCAAAAUUCCUCGUAGCAUCUCUCGAGGGUAGAUAUUCUGGUGAACGUAUUCGUGUUCUUAGUGCCCGAGCAGCAAGUGUAACUGUGAACUGUAACACUAACGUAUCAGUCAGUGAAUUCCAGUUACAGAGUGGAGGGAGAUUCAGAGAAUUUGAAUUACUUAUUGAAAGUUUCUGUUGCAUUGAAUCUACUUCUCCAGUACUGGUCGCCCAGUAUGCAUAUGGUGGUGAGAGUGAUGGCAUAGGGGACCCAUUCAUGAUGAUAAUCCCUCCAAUUGAGCAGUUUACAAAUAACUAUUUAGUCGAGAGUUUCGCUAAUUUCUCAUCCAACUAUGUCACGAUCUGCUUGAAUGGAUUUGGUGCUAAAUUUACUGGAACAGAUGGAUUCACCUGUAAUGACUAG